AUGAGCCACCACUUAUUCGAAUUGUUUUUCAAUGUUGGAAAAUUUCUAUCAUUAACGCCGUCCUCGACCAAUAAUCAAAAUCCAUCAUGUGUGCAAAAACUCUACGAAAUUUUCAUUUUUCUCGCAUAUGCAAGUGGACGUAUCUUUUUGAUUAUCGUUUCAAAGGAAGAAAUUUUCGCAAAUUUGACAUCGAUACGUCUCGUUUUGGGUAUAAUGAGUAUCACAAACCAGUUUUUCUUCAUUUUCUACAUUGUGAUAAUUGUAAUGAGAUGGAAACGACAAUGUUGGUUCAAACUCAUUCAAAAUUUGGACACGAUUCAAGACACGACGCGUUUGAAAUGGUAUUAUAUCACAAUAUCAACAGCUUUCACAGUGUUCAUUUCGCUGGAGAUUUAUCACAUUUAUACCCUCCUCGAAGAGAAAGGUUUAGAAAGCUUGAAACUGUACUUUUUGGCGGAUUUUGAAAAUUAUGUCACUUUUUUCUACUCUCUUUUCAUUGUUGUGAUACUCGGAAUAGUGUUGGCGAAAUAUAAACAACAAGAUGUGACUCUAGUUCAAAUCACAAAAGCUAAAAAUUUACUCUACUCGAAACAAAUCGUCACAAUUUUAAAGAAAACCAAAUCCAAUAUUUUUAUCUUGAAAGAAAUUGUUGAUACUUUUAAUGAUAUUUUCGGAUGGAUCAUUUUAUGUAAUAUAUUCGAGGCGGCUGCAAAAAGCCUGAUUUACAUCGACAUGAUAAUCAAGAAAAAUGUGACUCAGCAAAAUAGUCAAGAUUUCAUUUUUGAAAAUGUGUGGCUUUUCAUUCUUUGGAUGGGCAUUCUAGCAACGAUUUUUCUCUGCGAUACAAUUUUAAAAACAGUUGAGGAUAUCCUCUCACAAGCGUACAAACUCGAAGCCUCCUUUGAUGACCUUGCAACGUACGAAACCGACGAAGUCCAAAUUUUCAUCGACGUAGUCCAACAUAAUCGUCCCGAAUUCAAAGCAGCGAGAUUUUUUUCCAUCGAUCGAUCAACACUUUUCAGUGUUUUGAAUUCACUUACAACAUUCCUACUCGUAAUGAUCCAAUUCAAAGAAAAUUAACUUUAAUUUAUUUGACUUGUAAUUCCCCGAAAAUAACAAUUGACGACAGUUGUUCCAAAAUGGACUUACAAGUAGUCGACUUGAUUUUUAAAGUUGGCAAAAUUUUCACAAUAACACCGUCUAGUUUAACACAAACGAGUCCAAAUAAAAUUUACAGUUGUUUUG